AUGGAGAGAUUCAAACGCCAGUUCAGGAAGUAUUGGAUUCGCAAGAAGUACGCCUGGAAACAAUACCAGAGAGAUAUACUUGUAGAAGAACAGAUACAGGAAGAUGGCACACGGCCUCAGCCUGAUGGCACAGACACACCCCCAGCGGACGAUCCGGAUCCGGAUAAUGCGCCCCCACAACCACAGGAGGCUCCCAAUUUCUCAAAGAAGCUCAGGAAGGAGAACCCUCGAGACAAUUCGUCAAGUUACCUCGAACCUCCUCCACGCAGCCCACACAGACCGUUGGUUCUGAAUGGCUUUGCAAGAUGCAAGACGUGCCGCCGAGGAAGCUCAGGAGAGAAUCCGGUUGGCCGGCAUCGCGGCUACUGCUACUACAGUACCGGGACCGGCCCCAGCAGGAAGAUGGGACAGGUUGAGGGCGAGGUUGAGGCCAGCAGCGAACAACAAUGGGAUUUGCAGAGCAUCACAUGCUAA